AUGUGGCGGAACUUUGGUGUCGUCUGGGCCUGGUGGGAAUUCUUCGCUAUCCUGACAAUUGUUUUCACAUCCUACUGGAAAGCGGGUGCUGGCUCCGGCUCUUCUCUUAUUCCCCGCGAGAAGCUCAAGCAGCAUCACGCCGCCGGCUCCGACGAAGAAGCACAAAAUAACGCAAAGACUACUGCGCGCGAGACUACCGAUGAGCCCGUUCAGGUUGACGAUGAAAAUACGACAUGCAGAAAAUCAUUAUGUAUGGAUAUCGCGGGAUUGGUUCUAGACGAGACGGGAAGUUCCGUCCGGCUAUUCCCAAGUAGGCAUGUGGGCACGUGCGCGGGCCCAUGGCGUGAUUCUCUUACUCUCGUUACCGAAACAGAAACAAUGGCCGUCCUUGACAUCACCAAGGAUUUGCCCACACUCUUUAAGCGACAAGUGCAGGCCACCCCUGAUGCCGUCGCCCUGGAAGAUGAGACCACGGCAUAUACAUAUACCCAGCUGGAUCAAGAAGUUGAGACACUCGCCAGUCGCUUACGGACCUAUGGAGUGAGCCGUGACACCCUUGUGGGUGUGCUCCUGCCUCGAAGCGCACAUUACGUGAUUGCCUGUCUAGCAGCGCUCCGUGCAGGUGGUGCCUUCCUAGUGCUCGAAUUGGCUUACCCCGCCGACCUCUUGGCGGAUGUCAUCGACGACGCUAGCCCCGCUGUGAUUAUCACCCACAAGUCUGAGGCCGACAAAAUCAAGGCGCCUGUCCCGGUAAUUGCCUUGGAUGCACCCGUUGCUGAAACCAAUGGACACACCAAGGAACCUUCUCCGUUGCCAGCAGAUGAUGAUUUGGACCGCUUGGCGUUUGACGUACAACCAGGUGAUCGGGUGGCCUGCAAUGUCUUCUUCAUUUGGGAGAUGCUGCGGCCGCUCCUGCGCGGAGCCACCGUGGUUAUCGUGCCCGACGAAACGAGCUAUGACCCCGCGGCUCUGGUUGACCUGCUCUCGGCUAAGAAGGUCACCGAAACGCUCAUGACACCCACUCUCCUGGCUACUGUUCUUUCACGCUAUCCCCGGUUCGGUACCCGUGUGCCUGAUUUGCGCAUCAUUUGGUUGAACGGCGAGGUUGUGACAACCGAUCUUGCCCGCAAGGCCAUCAAAAUUCUUCCCAAUGCCCGCCUGCUCAACUGCUACAGUGCGUGUGAAACGCAUGAGAUUGCCUGCGGAGAUAUCCGUGAUAUGAUUGAUGACGACUCCAUUUACUGCCCAGUCGGCCCAUCGCUUGUUCCUGCCCACACCUACGUUCUAAACGAUGAUGGACAGGAGGUAGAGACGGGUACAUCAGGAGAACUCUUUAUUGGAGGUCCUUUGUUGGCGCGGGAAUACAUUAACCUUCCCGAGACCACCGCCAAGGCUUUCGCCCCGAACCCCUUCGAUUCCACACCCGGUGCUCGUAUGUACAGGACGGGCGAUCUGGCCCGUAAACUGCCUUCUGGUUUCCUCGAAAUCACCGGCCGCGUCGGCGCCAUGAUCAAGCUGCGCGGAUAUUCCGUUGUCCCGGCAAAGGUCGAAAGUGACAUCUGCCAGUACUUGGCUGUCAAUCAGUGUGUUGUCACUGCGUACGGCGAUGGACUGGACCGACAACUGGUCGCAUAUGUUGUUCCCGACAAGGAGUCUUCAUCCGAUCGUCCUCCAGUCGUGAUCAACGAGUCCGGCCACUCCCCCAGUGCGCGUCGUGCUCUUGAGAACCAUCUUGCCCAGUACAUGAUCCCAGCUCUCUGGGUUGCACUGGACCAGUUGCCCACUAACGAUGUCUCCGGCAAGGUUGAUAUGAAAAACCUCCCUUCGCCUCGUAGCUCCAGUCCCAGUGGUAGUGAACAGAGCGCCGGGAAGGACCCGAUUGGUCUCAGUGACAUUGCGGCAAUCUGGGAAACUGUUCUGAAAGUGUCAAAGAACCUGAUCAAGGCCGAAGAUAGUUUCUUCGAUCUCGGAGGACAUUCUUUGUCUCUGGCAGAUCUGUCAUCCAAGCUUUCCAGACGUUUCGGCUUCCGUGUUCCUAUUCCCCGUCUCGCAGAGAAUACUACUCUUUCCGGACACCUGGAAACUGUGCGUGCUGUCAGAGACGGCCACGCUGAAGAAGUACAAGCAAAUCUGCCGGCGGUCUUGCUUUCCGAUGCCACACUGGACGAGGACAUUAAGCCCACAAACACUGCGAUCACUUCAAUCACCUCGGCCGACACAGUGCUUUUGACUGGUGUGACGGGUUUCCUGGGAGCUUUCCUGCUCAAUGACUUGAUUGAGAACACCUCAGCUAAAAUCAUCUGUCUUGUGCGUUUCAGCGACCCCGAGCAGGAUGACCAAGCCGGAGGUGUGGCUCGAAUCCGCAGGAACCUCCUAGACAUGGGACUUUGGCGCGAUUCCAUUCUGGAGCGUCUCGAAAUUCUGCCAGGAAACCUUUCUCGGCCUCGCCUUGGUCUGGGUCCGGAAGAAUUUGACAACAUUGCGGCUCGUGUCCAAGUCAUUGUGCAUGCUGCAGCCACUGUCAACCUUGUUUACCCCUAUGCUGCACUUCGGGGAGCAAACGUCGGUGGAACGAGAGAGAUUCUUCGUCUGGCCGCCAAGGGCGGCGCGACCGUGCAGUAUAUCUCUACCAACGGUGUCUUGCCACCAUCUGGUGAGAAUGGCUGGGCCGAGACUACCAUGCUAGACAUAGAAGACGUCCCCAAAAAGCUAGUCGAUGGCUAUGGUCAGACAAAGUGGGUUGCAGAGCAGCUCGUUCUCAAGGCCGGUGAGCGUGGAUUGCCGGUCAAGAUUCACCGGUGUGGUACCAUCAGUGGUCACAGUGUCACAGGUUCCGCCAAUGCGUGGGAUUUGCUCACUGCAUUGAUUGUGGAAUCCAUCCAGCUUGGUUACGCCCCAGACGUGGAAGGAUGGCGUGCCGAGAUGACCCCUGUGAACUUUGUCAGCAAAUCCAUUGUCCAUCUUGCGACUCAGACCCAGAAAGACCAGACGAUGUUUCAUCUCGGAGAUCCUACGCCGGUUGAUACUCGCUCAGUCUUUGAGGACCUCAAAGGGCUUGGUUAUGAGACACAACCUCUCCCAUGGGAUGAGUGGGUGGCUUUGUGGUUCGAGAAGAGAGGCUCAGCCAAGGGUGGCGAUGGUUCGUUUACCGUCGAUAUUCUUCGCAGUGGCAUGCCGACUGUCGAGUUCCUCCGAGACAUCGUGGUCCUUGAUAACGCUUUGACCAGACCUUUCCGGGCCGUUAUCGAGCGCCCCAAGGUGGAUAGCCUGUUGCUGGAGACCUACACUCGGCAUUGGUUUGCUCGAGGAUGGCUACCCCGGCCCCCAUCUCGUCGGAAUGCCCUCGACCGAUCCACUGAGGUUGCAGUGAAGGGGCCACUCAGCGGUCAGGUUGCUGUGGUGACUGGUGCUUCUUCUGGCAUUGGUGCGGCGGUAGCAGCCGCCCUAGCCAAGCAGGGCUGUGCUGUGGCACUUGGUGCCCGACGCCUGGAUGCUCUUGAGAGCACCAAGCGCAAGGUCGAAGCUCAUGGCGUGAAGUGUAUCCUCCGGUCAACCGACGUCACAAACAAGACUCAGGUGGAAGGUCUCGUCCAAGCAGCAAGUGAGGAGCUCGGUCCAGUCGACAUCUUGGUUGCAUGCGCUGGUGUCAUGUACUUCACCAUGAUGGCCAACACACAGAUGGACGAAUGGGAGCGUACAGUCGACGUCAACUGCAAGGGUCUCUUGCACGCUCUCUCUUCAACAGUUCCUGGCAUGCUCUCGCGCGGCCGCGGCCAUGUCGUCGCGAUCUCCUCUGACGCCGGCCGUAAGGUCUUCCCUGGUCUGGGUGUGUACUCAGCCAGUAAGUUCUUCGUUGAGGCCACCCUCCAAGCCCUCCGCCUCGAGACUGCAGGCGCUGGGUUGCGCGUGACGAGCAUCCAGCCCGGCAACACUUCCACAGAUUUGCUGGGCAUGUCGACGGAUACUGAAGCCGUCAAGAAAUUCGGAGAGCCAUCCGGAGCGAAGAUCCUCGAUCCUUCAGAUGUUGCUAACUCCAUCGUUUACGCACUGACUCAACCUGAGCAUGUCUCUGUGAAUGAGAUUCUUGUUGAGCCUCGCGACGAGCCGAUUUAA